AUUUUAAAUUUUGGAUGUGUCUUAUUCAUUUAAUACACACUGUUUUUCCUCUCAAAAGAAAGUUAUUAAGUCAGUGGUUUUACAGUCAGUAAUGUCUUAGAAUCAGGAAUAUUCAUGAUUAACCAGCAAUGCUGAGGAAGGGAGUUUGAAGCCCUUUUAGUGGAGGAGCUUCAGGACCUGGAAGUACGUUCCACUUAACUGAGACUCUUGCUCAGAACUUUGAAAAGUUUCCAUCUUUGUCUGCUUCUCAGGAUUCUGCCCUGCCCCUCCGCUCUGCAUCUGACAGCUGGGAUCUUGGGAUCCUGUUUUCCUAAGCUUGCUGGAAUUCCUGCAGUCCUCAUAUGAACUCCCCUGGCCUCAUCACCAUCCUGUCUUAGGGCUGUUCUAACUAAGGAAUCCCAGUUUAGACAACUGAGUAUCAAGUUCUCCCCUUAAGCAAUUAUCUGAUCACAGUGGCAUGUAGACUCCCUUUGGGGUAUCUGUUUUCUGCAGGAUAAUCUCCUGACAUAUCUCCAUGUACACAGACAUAAUAUUUCCAGUGGAAACAGAUCCUGCCAUCCCUGUUAGGAGUCAUCAAGCCUGUGCUCAAGUUCACUUGGACUCUGCUUUAUUCUGGAAAUAUUAAUACACGGGCUACAGCUCUGGCAGCGUCAAAACUGACCAGACCAACAGACCUCCCAGGAAAGCAAAACUCCUUUCCCUCACCCAUGAAGCUGUACUCAUCUUGUUGGAUAUGAGACCUAUUUCUUAUUUCUUCCAUUUAUUCACCUGACUCGCUUUCAGAGUCCUCUACGCUGCAUGCCUUCAUUCCUGAUGCCCUGUCUUGUCUCUUCCGCAGUCCUGCUGAGGCUGCUCCUUAUCCCAGGCCCCAAGACUGUAUGGUCCCUGUGGCAGCAGCCAGUGUUGUCUCAGGAAGCAACAGCAUUUGAAGAUAUGACCAAAUAUUGGAAUUAUUUAGAAACCUCUCAAAAGGAUUGCUACAGAGACACAAUGCUGGACAGUUAUGAGAACACGGUCCCACAGGCAUCCGUCUUACAGUUCUCCAUGAUGCCUCAGAAAGCUGGAAAUGAUCCACGUGGUGUUUCAAAUGUGAAUGAAAUGGAAAUGGAGAUAAGUAACAUGAGAGAAAAGUUUCUUAUGAGUGUAACAAAGUUAGUAGAAAGCAAAAGUUACAACAGCAAGGUAUUUUCCAAAGAAAAGUACUUUCAAACAAUAAAGGAAGUUAAAGAAGCUAAAGAAAAAGGGAAGAAGUCAUCACGUGAUUAUCGCCGUGCGGCAAAAUAUGACGUGAUCUCUGUACAGGGCACAGAGAAACUGAUAGAGGCUACUCAUGGAGAACGUGAUCGAAUACGGUAUUAUGUACAUAAAGAAGAGUUGUUUGAUAUUCUUCAUGAUACACAUCUCAGUAUUGGACAUGGUGGGCGGACACGCAUGCUCAAGGAGCUGCAAGGAAAAUAUGGGAAUGUCACCAAAGAAGUUAUUGUCUUAUAUCUGACUCUGUGUAAACAGUGCCACCAGAAGAACCCAGUACCCAAGAAAGGCCUUCCGCCCAAGCCCAUGACUUUUAAGGACAUAGACUCCACGUGCCAAGUUGAAAUACUUGACAUGCAGUCAAGUGCCGAUGGUGAGUUCAAGUUCAUUUUAUACUACCAGGACCACUUGACCAAGUUUAUUAUUUUACGGCCAUUAAGAACCAAACAGGCCCGUGAGGUGGUCAGUGUCUUGUUAGAUAUUUUCACAAUUCUUGGUACACCCACUGUGUUAGACUCUGACAGUGGCGUUGAGUUCACAAACAAGGUUGUUCAGGAGCUCAAUGAGUUGUGGCCAGACCUAAAGAUUGUGUCUGGUAAGUACCACCCUGGCCAAAGCCAGGGCUCCCUGGAAGGAGCAAACCGUGAUGUGAAGAACAUGAUAGGUACCUGGAUGCAGAGUAACCGCUCAUGUCACUGGGCCAAAGGCCUCCGAUUCCUGCAGAUGGUGAGGAAUCAGGCUUUCGACGUUUCCUUGCAGCAAAGUCCAUUUGAGGCAAUGUUCGGUUGUAAAGCCAAAUUUGGGCUAUAUUCCUCAAACUUGCCCCGGGAAACCGUGGCUACUUUACAAACAGAAGAAGAGCUAGAAAUUGCUGAAGAACAGCUAGAAAAUAGCCUUUGGAUCAGGCAGGAAGAAAGAGUUGAGAUUGGAGCAGACAGAUCUGAUAUGGAUGAUGACAUGGAUCCCACUCCUGAAGCUACAGAACCCAGCACCUCACAAGGGGCUUCCGGUCUCCUCUGCUGGUGAACAGAUGGCUGCUGGGUGGACAGUCACAGGUGUCUCUCUGAGCAUAGUCAUCUGAGAACUGUUGCCAGAGGCCCCGGGGGAAAGGAUUGAAGGCUGCACUCUCAGGUCAAGUUGUACAUGGUAGCCCUUGCUCAAAAAGGGAAAAGUUUGGAUCUGUGUAUUUAUUCUUAGGGCUACCAUAAAAAAUUACCACAGCCUGGCCGGGUGCAGGACUCAUGCCUGUAAGCCCAGCACUUUGGGAGGCCGAGGUGGGCAGAUCACUUGAGGUCAGGAGUUCAAGACUAGCCUGGCCAACAUGGUGAAACCCUGUCUCUACUAGAAAUACAGAAAUUAGCCAGGCUUGGAGGCGUGUGCCUGUAAUCCCAGCUAACCGGGAGGCUGAGGCAGGAGAAUCACUUGAACUCAGGAAGCAGAGGUUGCAGUGGGCCGAGACCAUGCCACUGCACUCCAGCCUGGGUGACAAAGCAAGACUCUGUCUC